CAUUUAACUCAUUUUGUACUCGCCCACACUUCCGUGUAAGAAAAUCACGUCCCCGCCCCCCCUUUUUUGCUUUCCUCUCGCUCCUCUUGAUUUUAGAGAGAGAGAGACUACUACUGGAUUCUUCUUCUCUCUUUGUUCAUAAAUUUUCAGACAAGGAAAAAAUUGAAGCAAGUUAGGAUCAAGGGAUUAAUAUGAAGAUACAGUGCAACGUGUGUGAGGCGGCGGAAGCGAACGUGCUGUGCUGCGCCGACGAGGCGGCGCUGUGCUGGGCGUGCGACGAGAAGGUUCACGCCGCCAACAAACUCGCCAGUAAGCACCAGAGGGUUCCUCUUUAUACUUCUUCCUCUGACAUGCCCAAAUGCGAUAUCUGCCAGGAUACAGUUGGAUAUUUCUUUUGUUUAGAGGACCGAGCUUUACUCUGCAGAAAAUGUGAUGUGGCCAUACACACUGCGAAUUCCUUUGUAUCCGGUCACCAGAGGUUCCUGCUCACUGGGGUGAAAGUUGGUCUAGAGGAAACUAAACCUGUUGAGUCCAAGUCAGUUUCUGGGGAAAAAGGCCUUGAAAAAAAACAUUAUCCUGUAUCAAAAAGCGAAACCCAACUCCCACCUGUUGGGGAGUAUAAGGCAUCAACUGUCCAUGUUGGCAGUGGUGUUCAAGAUUUUGCAGCACCGAAGAUGUCAUUUACUGGGGGUUCCACUGCUGGGAGCAUUCCACAGUGGAACAUAGAUGAAUAUAUUGGAUUAACCGACUUCAAUGAGAAUUACGAGUUCUUGGGUAAUGGGGGAUCCUCCAAGGCUGAUAGUGGUAAGCUUGGAGAGUCUGAGUCCCCAAUUUUAAGGGCAGGGGAGGAGGAGCUUGGCGAUGAUGAAUGCUUAGGUCUGGUACCAGAUGCAUCCUGGACUGUGCCACAGAUGCCAUCUCCACCCACUGCUUCAGGAUUGUGCUGGCCUAGAAGUUAUAGUUCAUCAGAUUAUGCUGCGUCUGUCCCCAAUAUGAGCUACUCGCGGCUGCAAAAUACAUCUUUUUCUCAAUCUAAUGGCACAAUUGCAAAGCGUCAGAGGCAAUUCUGAACAUUGCUAAUCGUUCCUUCUGGUGCAGUUUGGCCAUUGUCUUUUUUACUGCUUUUACUCGUGAAAUGAAAGCAAUUGGGAUGGGCAAUAUUCCCCUGUUUUGCAGGAGAUGAGGAUUUGUCGCCUCACUUGCUAUAAGCAUAUUUUUAGGUUCAUGCAUAAGCGCAUACGUUAUUGUCGUUACACUUUUUUUUUUUCCUUUUUUAAUAUAUGUAUUAGUUAUUAUAUCUAUAAUUUCGUUGAUGUAUAUAUGUAGGGUGUCUUAGAUAUAUAUAUACAUCGACAUGUAGUGUAGGUCUUCACUUGGAUAGGAAAGUAUGUUAUUUUCUCAUUCAUUUUAGUGGAGAGAGAUUACUUAUUGCUGCUGUAAUAAAAAUAUAAGAUGAGAGGAGAGGAGUGCUACUCUAUAUCCCAAAAGGUAAUUACCUUUGUAUGUCUAAUUCUGUACAACCAUAUUACAAUAUAAUUAUGGUGGUAACUGGUCUCUGCUGAA